AUUAGAAAAUUCUUUAUUUUACCCUAAAUCACAAUACCUAACAGCAUAAAUAAACUAAUAAAAGAAUGCUUUUUAUCAACAGAUGGCUUUUGGGUGUUAGUUCCCUUUUUUGGCUAAUUGAAUUGCCUCGCGUUGGUUCUGUGAAAGCAGGAACAACCGAGGAACUAAUAGAGGAAAUUCACUUCCAAUUGUUUACAAGGGAAAAUCCCAAUGAGCCUCAAAUACUUGAACUGGACAAUGCCACUUUACUGCACCAAUCCAAUUACAACAACAGUCUGAAAACCAAGUUCUUUGCUCAUGGACUCAACGGUUCUCCCACGUAUAGCUACCCCACAAAAGACGGAUAUUUGGAGCGGCAGGACUGCAACUUUAUUGCCAUCGAUUGGUCCACCAUGGCAACAGGGAAUUAUUCUUAUGUCUCUACCAAUUACGUGCCGCUAGCUGGAAUGCUCACCGGCAAAUUUAUCAAUUUUCUCGUGACUGAAGGGGCAACACUAGACGAUUUUCACCUUAUUGGUCACAGUUUUGGGGCGCAUGUGGUUGGGUUUGCCGGAGCCGCAGUUACAUCUGGAGAGAGGGUAGCCAGAAUCACAGGUCUAGAUCCCUCUCACACUGACGAGUUUUAUCCGCUAGAAGAUACUGAUGGGAGGCUGGACACGACUGACGCUCAUUUCGUCGACAUCAUCCACACGGAAGGUCGCUUCACGGUACCCAUUGGCCACAUAGAUUUUUUCCCAAAUGGCGGACUUGUCCAACCUGGAUGUGACGGUGUCAGCGGAUGCUGCGCCCACUGCCGAGCUGUCGAUUAUUUUACUGAAUCCAUAACAACCGAGAUAGGAUUCCGUUCUAUUUUUUGUGAUUCCUGGGAUAAUUACUUGUCUGGCGCCUGCGAUGAAAAUGAAUCCGUUUUAAUGGGAGAAUACGUCGAUACAUCGUAACAAUAAUUAAUCAAUCAGUCGUAGAUUAUUUUAAACAUACUUAUAUUCAAUGGAACAUUUUUUAAAAUGUUAUAGAGCUAUUGGCGCCUUUUACCUGACUACCAACGAAGUGUCUCCAUUCGCAAUGGGAUAGGCCAACAGAAUUAUUUUUUGAAUCGCAAAUUAAAGAAAAAAACAAAAACGUUUUCUACUUCAGAAAUUCUGAGGCUAUCUAUGUUUCCAUACAAUAUAGAUCCCGUUAUUAUCGUGCGUUACUGUCAAUCACUUGUCAAUCAUUAAAUAAAAACUUCAAGUGAUAAUAUAAA